CCGCCUCCUCUCAUCUCAGACGACGAUGUCUCAGACGAAGGAUUAAAGAAAGGCUGUAAUGAUCAAAACAACUUGGAUUGAUUAUAAGAAAACACCGGGACCAAUGAUUACAAGCUAAAAACAGGACGGAGCUUUGAUCCACCCCAUACAGUGACGACAUCCAGAAAUGAGUUCCUAUGAAGAAGAAAUGGAUGUAAGCAUAAUGAUGGACAGGCCGAAGUCACCCGGCUGUGUGUCUGCAGCGAGCGGCUGGUCAGCGGAUCGACCUAUUGACUUUAAAGGAAAGGUUAACCCGGAGGUUAAAAGGCCAAAGUCACCUGGCUGUGUGUCUGCAGCGAGCGGCUGGUCAGCGGAUCGACCUAUUGACUUUAAAGGAAAUGUGAACCAGGAGGUUAAAAGGCCGAAGUCACCCGGCUGUGUGUCUGCAGCGAGCGGCUGGUCAGCAGAUCGACCUAUUGACUUUAAAGGAACAGAGAACAUGGAUGUUAAAAGGCCGAAGUCACCCGGCUGUGUGUCUGCAGCGAGCGGCUGGUCAGCAGAUCGACCUAUUGACUUUAAAGGAACAGAGAACAUGGAUGUUAAAAGGUCAAAGUCACCCAGCUGUGUGUCUGCAGCGAGCGACUGGUCAGCGGAUCGACCUAUUGACUUUAAAGAAGCAGAUAACCUGGAUGUUGAAAGUCUGGUCUCUGGGAGGAUGUCAGCUGCAUGUAGCUACAUGUCUAUGGCUACUAACCCACCCAAUGAAGAACACAGGCCGAGCCCUCACUACGCUGAGGAUGGAGACGUGGCCUGUGAUCUGUGUGAAGGAAGGAAGUUGAGAGCGUACAAGUCCUGUAUGACCUGCCUUGCCUCCUUCUGCGAGGCACAUGUCAGAGAUCACUACACAGUAGAUGCACUGCAGAGACACCUACUGGUGGAGGUCACCAAGAACCUCAACAUACUUCAGGAGAACGCUCAGCUGAAGAAAAUAAUCAAGGAGGAACGGUCAGAGAAGAUGGCUCUGAGGAAAGAGAUCGCUACACUGAGGCAGAUGAUCUGUGAACUGAGGCUCCCUGACUACAUUUGCAAAGGGAAAAUACCUGCAGCAGCUAAUUUGACGUUGGAUCCUGAAACAGCUCACUGCACGCUUGUCUUGUUAGAUGACAGAAAACGAGUGCGACUGGGGGAAAGGAAAACAGUUAAUCACAGUGCACGGAGAUUUGACAAGUAUGAGUGCGUCCUGGCCACAGAAAGCUUCAGCUCUGGACGGCACUACUGGGAGGUGGAGGUCAACAAGGAGUUCACUAUUGGGGUCACCAGAGAGUCGGCUCAGAGGAAGGGAAAGUUCACCUUCUCACCCAGUGUGGGUUACUGGUGUCUCUAUCACUACAGACAGUCCUUCACAGCUCUGGAGGAGCCCAGCAGACCCCUGCCAAUCGACACUGCACCCCGGGUGUUGGGGGUCUGUGUCGAUGUGGAUGAGAAGUGGGUCGCUUUUUAUAACGCUGAGACUAAAACUCACAUUUACACAUUCAGACAGAUGAACUUCACAGACGGAGAGAAGAUCUAUCCUGUUUUCACCACCUUGGAGAAAUCAGUGGGCCUGAAGAUUAAGACUGUGGGCUGAAAUAAAUACAUUCUAAACAGUGUAUUAUUCCUACCCAUUGAGCUAGGCUAGGCUAUCACACGCAGUAGUGGUUGCAGCUUGAUUUGAUACAUCAUCUUAUAAGCUGAAUCAGGUGUGUCCACUUACCCCAGAUGUAGUCAACCAGCCAAGACGUGUUUGGUGCCCAAAUUUUGCUUCUUUAGUCUAGUGCUGGGGCUACAAGGCUAAUGUAGCUAACAAACAGUAGAAGUCAAUAGUCACCCAAAUCUUUUACGUAAAUAUCAUCCCCCAAAUGUCUCUCAAACCAAACCCAGGUCUUCAUUAAGGUGGCACAGACUUGUAGAUGUGGUUUGGGACACAGUAGGACUUGCUGUGAGCUAUAAACAUAAACAAAACAUCACUGAGUAGCUGAACGCUGCAGUUAGCUGUUUUAGACAACAGGUACGGUGCUGUGCUGAACUCCCUCUCAUCAUGCAACCAGACGAAAGCUGCAAUCAAGAUUUCUGUUGAACAUAAUUUUUAGCGUCCACAAGUCCACUAGUAAACGUGAAGGGGGGCUGGAAAUCGGCACAACAUCUGUUGUCUAAAACAGCUGGUGGCUGCUAUCAGCUACGUGAUGAUGUUUUGUUCAUAUUUGUAGCUCACAGUAAGUCAUACUGUGCCCUAAUCCACAUAUACAAGUCUGUACCACUUUAAUGAAGACCUGGGUGCAGUUUAUGCAGGUUCAGACGUAUAUUUUUGGAAAAGACUUACGUAACUGUUGACUUCUAGUGUUUGUUAGCAACAUCAGCCUCGUAGCUCCAGCACUAAACAAAAGAUGCAAAAUUUGGACCAGACAUAUCUUGGCUGCGCACCAGUAUCUGGGGUCAGUGGACAGUUGUGUACAUUUGAUUUUUGGCCAAACCAGUCCUUUACUAGCAUAACACAUUGGUCUUGUAUUUUAGAUUUAUUGUAUAUUAUUCCUGCUCUGAUUGGCUGCAGUGUACUAUGCCUUGCAGUCAGGUCUGUAAUAUGGCAGUAGGAGCUGCUGAUUGGGCAGAUGUAAAUAAAAGGGCUUAGGUUAGAUACUUCUGCAACCAUUUUAGCAAGUUAGCAAGCUAUCACACACCAAUAGAUGAUUUUAUGUUAUCCAACUAUGUAACAGUGAUGACUACAGCAUACCGUCUGAAACAAUUUAUCCUUACAAACUUUCAUGUAAUUUUAAUAUUAGCUACCUGAUCAACACUUUCUGUUAUCUAUGCUUCCUUCAUCUAUGCUGGAGUUCUGCUUAGUCAUGGACAUGCAGGGUUGCAGAUUUACGUGGAACAAACUGUCAAGUUAGGACUGAAAUUCUCAGGGCUGUGGGGAAAAAAAAUUAAACUUGAGUUGUUCCCUUUAAAUCCUUCAGUAGCUCAACGUUUAAUAAUUUUCCCACAAUUUCCACUCCAAUAACUAAUAAGUACAGACUGUCUGCAGGAACAACACUCCACAUCACUUCAACGGGAAUGGGUGGGGCUAACCUGCUGUGCAAGGAGUGGGCGUGGUUAACCUGCUGUGCACUGAAUGGGUGGGGCUAGCAUGCUUAUGCUAAAUGGGCGUGGCUAAACUGCCGUAGGUUUUAAUUAAUGUCAAUGUCAGUUGUUUUGAUUGAUGUCAAUGUCGGCUCUUUUGUUGUAGCUGGAUUGUAAGUCAGAAUGAAAAAAAUCCAUUUUAUUUUAAAAAUAUGCAAAACAGUUUAGAGGAUUGAUUUUGUCUCAGGAUACAUUAUAUGAACAAACCACUCCAAUGCAAAUAAAA